UAAUAACGUUUAACCAGUGAGCAUUAGUUGGUCUUCUGGUGUCAAGUCGAGUAUUUUGUAAUUAAUUGCUUGUUGAAAUUUCAAUAAUUAUUUGGCAAUGGUAAUUAUUGAGUGCAGCCUUGUUGUCGCAGUAAUGCUAUUUCUAGAUUAUGACCAUGGCUUGAGAUGAGAAAUAAGGAGGCAGAAAUGAAUAGGUGGUAUAAUUUGAGAAGGAGAGUUAAUGCUGGACGACCUCAGCGUUUUAUUUAUUUUUAGCCACCUCAGCUUCUACUUCUACCUAACCUCUUCUUCGUCUUUUCUUAAUGUUCUUCAUUCUCUUCACCUUCUCGUUGUGCUUUAAGUUCUGCGCAACUGUUUCUUUUUAGUUUUUUGUUGGUUCUGCACUACUCAACCCAACCCACACAAUGUCGUGAACAUGUGCAUUCGAAAACCGACGUAAAUAACAACGUCCAGUCGGAUUAUUGGAUUUCUGCUUGACGGUUCCGCUCUUUGAAGUGAUUCGUUGGAAAGUGUGUGGAGUUGAUUUGCUGCUUUUUAUCAAUCUUUGAUUAUUUACCGUUGUGAAACAAAAUUAUCAACUAGCUGGGAAACUCUGUUUGGUUGAUCUUCAUCAAGUUUCACGUCUUGUUUUUAAUGAGAUAACAUCUUUGUAUCAGGAAAUGAGUGAAGACGGAACUCCAGUUACCUUGUACAUUUAUGACCUGAGCAAAGGAUUAGCUCCAGCUAUAUCUCCAUUCCUUAUAGAUGAAGAAAAGAAUGGCACAAAUACAUCCGGAUCCGCUGAAAAUAAUAUGAAUUCUUCCAGUGAGACUGAAGAUAGCAGGAAUGUUAAGUCUUGCGAAGUAGUUGAGGGCAUCUGGCACACUAGUAUUGUAAUCUACGGCAAAGAGCACUUUUUCGGCUCUGACGGAAUAUCAAUAUGUGAUCCA